AUGUCUUAUCUUCCGACCAUGCAAGAUGAGUCGACUCGGACUCACGUGCAGUCCGCUUUUGUAAGACAGCAGCGUGCGCGUGCGCGUUCGCCGCAGGGCGACAGUAGCAAAAAGGACAAAUAUCAAAAACCACAUCUGCGUUCGUGCUUGAAGAAAAACCCUGCCGCGAGCACGCCCCCAAGGACUCCGAGUCGUCAACAAAGCGGCGACGCCGUUCCGACCGACGAGAGUCUUCUUGCGCGGGCGGGGGACCAGCCGCACAGCGGGGAAGCACUUGGUGAUUUUUCCGAGGCAGACGCUGAUAGGGUUACCAUUCCAGACACAAGUCCUGCGGCUAACACUGUCGAGAUUUCACCGGUGAGGCACGUGUGGUGGGCAGACGGAGGUGGCGCUGAGGACGCGCCCUCUACCAAUAGCGACGAGAGCGAGACGGUAUCGACCUACAGCUCGACGACCCCCGCUUAUACUGCUAGCCCCUCCACCGCGCAGCCCUAUCCAAGACCAGGUAGCUUUUCUAACCAUGAUCGUGACUGCCGAUGCCACCCGGAUUUGGUUUUGCACGCCUGUGAUUACGACCCGGCGCAUCUCGCGCAAUUGUGCAGAAGGAAACAGGAGAUGGAGAAACGCAAGGCGGCAAAGGCAAAAAGACGCUCGGUGGAAAUCAUAGUAAGCGAGGAGCUACCGAAGAUGAAAGAAAUUCAAAAACAGCUUACCAACUUUCGUGCCUGGAUGGAGCUCUAUCGGGCGGACAAAAACUGUCCCGAUAAACCGGACAGAGUCGGAAAGAUCGAUGAAAACGGAAACGGGCUGUACGCAGCGUUUCUACGGGGCGUCUUGCGAAAAGAUUGGGAAGCGAGGCAGUGGAUCCAAAUGUUGGCGCGGACCAAACAAAGUGUGCAGAGACAAUUGGCGGAGGUUGACAAUUUCUUAACGUGCCAUGGUCUUUCCGGAGAAAAUUCGGCUUCGAUGCGUGCUGGAUCCGGUUCUUCAUCUACUUAGGCGGAACACAUAAAGACGAAAGUAGAUGAAAUAAAUUAAAAUUUGCUAUUUACAACAAUCGCACGCGCUCACCCAGCGUCGCGCAACUAAACACCUUGUAGAAAUGAAGAGCCCGACAUGUAUGAUCUUUUGUAGUGCGUGCCUGCUGGCAGUGAGUGUACUUCUUUCUUCUCUAAUCCUAUCAAGACAUAUUGCAAUCGCAACUACCACGAUCUGCAUUUUGUUGUGUCUGUUUUGAAGCUUGCCUGCUGUAAGAUGAGUUUUCAAAUGUUUGUGUCUGCUCGACGAUAGAGUGCUCCUUCUGGUGCUUUUUUGUUCCAAAUGGAAUUUUUGGCCAGAAGUUGGGGCACAGCUUUCACGUUGAGUACAAACCGGUUUACGUUUUGGCAUGUCGAAUGUAAGUGUUUGAAAUCUUCAUGAUUUAUUUGAGUGAGACAUCAGGUAGGCCACUUUCGCCGUAUUUGGUUACUUUCUGUCACUUUUACACACGUCGUCGAUGACGAAGAAGGAGCAAGAAGCGCACUAACGUGCGCUCGUCGCCACUAGCACAAGCUGGUAGACUACUUCUCGACUGUCUGAAGCACAAGGAAGUACUUACAGUGAACCAAUGCCACAUGGAACAAAUUCUGAAGUACAGUGAAAGAAUGC